UGUCAGAAACAGUUGAUUAUAAUGUCAGUACUGUCCAAUUUACGGGCUUAAAGAAGCAGCUGCAUACAGCAUUUUCCCUGAAGUAUUCAAAGAUCCUGACUCUUAAAAACUUUGUAGUUCUUGUAAUAGAAGUGGGAUAUCAUGAUUUGGACAAAUAGUACGAGUCUCUAUACCAGAUUUCUUAUGUGGCUUCUUAUCCUGUACAUGUUCAUCAGGAAGGUGGUACCUGAAGACAAUAUCAUCACAACCAAGAAAGGUAGAGUCAGAGGGGUGAACUUGCAGGUACUAGGAGGAACCGUGACAACCUUCCUUGGAAUACCAUAUGGACAACCACCCAUUGGUAGACUGAGAUUUCAAAAACCAGAACCUCAUGAGAAAUGGUCAGAUGUUUGGGAUGCCACAAAGCAUGCAAACUCCUGUUACCAGCUUCUAGAUACAACUUACCCAGGAUUUCCUGGAUCGGAGAUGUGGAAUCCAAAAACUAACCUAAGUGAAGACUGCUUAUACCUUAAUGUAUGGAUUCCUUCUCCCAAACCCAAGAAUGCAACUGUCAUGGUGUGGAUAUAUGGUGGUGGCUUUGAGGCUGGGUCGACUUCCCUACCAGUCUACGAUGGCAAGUUUCUGGCCAGGGUAGAAAGAGUCAUUGUAGUUUCCAUGAACUACAGGACUGGUGCAUUAGGAUUUUUGGCUUUGCCAGGAAACCAGGAAGCUCCUGGAAAUGUAGGCUUAUUUGAUCAAAGAUUGGCACUUCAGUGGGUCCAGGAGAAUAUAGCAGCAUUUGGAGGUAAUCCAAAAAGUGUGACUAUAUUUGGGGAGAGCGCAGGCUCGGCUUCUGUCAGCUACCAUAUCCUUUCUCCUAAAAGCCAUCCUCUGUUCACAAGAGCCAUCAUGCAAAGUGGAUCUGCAAAUGCCCCUUGGGCUGCAAUAUCAGCAUCUGAAGCCAGAAACAGAACAGUGGCUUUAGCUAAACAACUCCAGUGUCCCACCAGCAAUGAGACAGAGCUAAUUCUCUGCCUCCAAGACAAGGACCCAAAGGAUAUAUUGGAGAAUGAAAUUUUUGUUGUAACAUAUGACCCUCUUUUAAAAGUAUAUUUUUGCCCAACUGUGGAUGGUGAUUUUCUCUCAGACAUGCCAGAAACGUUGAUUGAGAAUGGCCUUUUCAAACAAACACAGAUCUUAGUCGGUGUUAAUAAAGAUGAAGGAUCAGCAUUUCUAGCAUAUGGAGUCCCUGGCUUCAGCAAGGAUAGUGAUGGCCUGAUCAAUAAAACACAAUUUGAAGCAGCUUUAACUCUAUCCUUCCCAGAAGCAAGCCAACUUGGAAUAGAAUCAAUCAUUUUUCAGUACACAGAUUGGGAAAAUGAGCAAAAUCCAGAACAUUACCGUGAUGCCAUGGAUGAUGUUAUUGGUGACUACAAUAUAAUAUGUCCUGCAGUGGAGUUCACCAAAAAAUUUGCACAACUAGGACACAAUGCAUUCUUUUAUUUCUUUGAACAUCGAUCCUCAAAGCUCCCUUGGCCAGAGUGGAUGGGAGUAAUGCAUGGUUAUGAGAUUGAGUUUGUGUUUGGAUUGCCCUUAGAACGAAGAGUGAAUUACACCAAGGCUGAAGAAAUCUUAAGCCGGUCCAUGUUGAGAUACUGGGCAACUUUUGCAAAAACUGGAACUCCAAAUGGGACGCUGAUUAACGGAACAAGAUGGCCAGUCUUCACUAGUACUGAACAAAAAUAUUUGACAUUAAAUACCAACACUUCAGAGAUACUGACAAAGUUACGUGCUCAGCAGUGUCGAUUCUGGAAUAUUUUUUUUCCCAAAGUCCUGGAAAUGACAGGAAAUAUUGAUGAAGCAGAACGAGAGUGGAAAGCAGGAUUCCAUCGCUGGAACAAUUACAUGUCAGACUGGAAAAAUCAAUUUAAUGAUUACACUAGCAAGAAGGAGAAAUGUGCAGGCUCUAAUUAAUAUGUUUACCCUUACCAGUAUGUCCGUAUUACUGUUCAUCAGGCAAAUAUACAGGUAGCUUUCUAAUACAUCUAGCAUUAAAUAUAUUAUGCAGAUUAAAGAAACAUUAUGGAUAUAAUUUUGAUUCCCCAGAUCUUUCAUUUAUAUUUUACCUCAUAUCUCAAUGAACAAUAUAAGACAACCAUACCCUUUGAAGCUUCACUGUGUUAAACAAGACUAUAAAGUCUGAAGAUUAAUGAUGUACAUAUUAUUAUAAACACUAGCUGCUUAAAUUCACACUUCAAGGAAACAAUGUAAUCUGUUAUAGAAAAAUUGUUUGUUUUUUUUUUUUAAUAGAAAUAGCAGUGUUUUACAGUAUUGCCAAGCAAAACACAAUCAGUUUUGAUCUUUAACUGCAAUGCCACCACACUUAAACUUUGCUUCAGACAUAAUUUAAUUGACAUAAAUAUAAAGAGAUAAUAACUUUGCUGGACACACCAAAUUAUAUUUGUUUGUUAGACCAAAAAGUUUUAAGACUGCCAUUAAAGCCCGAAUCAUUGUUUCUUUAUGGUCAAAUCUGUAGGACAAAGCCAUAAUAGGAAGCAUUCAAACUACCUUUUGAAAGCCUAAAUCAUUGGCACUGUGUGCAAGUGCAAUGGUGAAAACAAGCCAGAAAAACUGGCACCUCUCCUUCUGCUAUCCUCAUUUUCCAAGGAGUAAAGACCUACAGAUUAACAAAGUAAUGAUCUCACAGCUUUUCCUGCUCAGGCACCCACUGUAUUUAACCUAUAAAAGUCUCUGCUAUGAACAUAAACUCCAAUUAUGGUGGGUUUUUUUGUCCACUAAGUUGUCCCCUAGUUGAGGGACAGCCCCAUGCUUACUAGAACACGUUGGAUAAAUUUUUAUACCUGUGGAAGAGCAUCAGUUUGCAUGUCAGCAGGUUCAUCAGCAAUCAGCCAUGAAAGCCCUGCUCAGCCAGCCAGCUCCUGCAGGAGAGCGGGACCUGGCCACAGAGCCCUCGCUCCUCUUGUGGAAGGAUAUCACCGAAGAGGGACAUUGUGACCUUGGUGGGAAGGACUCAGCUCUUUGACAUGGUCAAGUAAUAGUUGCCAUGUAAGUAGGGAUCUCCUGGACCCCUUUCUACCUGCUUGAGCUGAAUCUAUUAGAAGAUUUAAAAAAAAAAGGAAAAAAAAAAAAAAAAAAAAAAAAAAAAAGACAAAAAACACCAUCAAAAAAACAACCCCCCAAAAAAAUCCAAAAAACCCUUGGAUAAUUCUUCUUCCUACUUCUCUGCUUCCAGAUGUAGAUGGAAGUUGUAUGCCUGAAUAGCACCUUAAUUGACUGCUUUUCACUGGCCCAGCUGGGAAGAAUAAAUGCCAAAGAUUUGGUAAACAUAAGGAGUAGGUAAAAGCAACAACCCAUCUCAUAAAUAAAUUAUCCUGAUGCUUUCUGUAAAUGUAAUAACAUUUCAGGGCAUCUAUUUUCUGUUCUAGUGAUUGUGAGCUCUUGCAAAAUUCCUUCUUGAGUUGAGUAGACUGAAGAGGUCUAGGCAACGCACAAUGUUCUUUUUCCGGCCAUCAGUUUUGACCACGCAGGAUCCCUACACUGAACGGAUUUAUUUUUGAAAAAAGGCCAAGUUAUGAAAGAGAUGAUGGUUUAUCAUCUUUUCAGUUAUUUCUAAGAGAAUGUAAUUAUUUCCUGACUAAACUAUGGAAAAACACCUUUUAGCACAGUAUUUCCAGAGACUACAAUCAAAUGUCUGCAAUAAAAAAACCUGGUUGGUUGAGGAAGCUGAUUAAAACUUGAAAUUAUCUGGGAUUAAAAAAGCCCUCUUUAUGCAAAACUUCAUGUUUAUACCACAGGUAAUUAACUCAUUACAGACAUUAGCAUAGUUACUGCUAUUAAUAGCUGCAAAGAGAGCUGUGUCAGUCUAUGGUGUAUUGGGUAUUUAUCAGAUAUUCCUCAAGCCAGUGAUGAGCUACUGAAUAAAACACAGAAGGUUGAACUUUCUGUUCAUCAUUGAGCCAGUUCUGGCACUCGUUGUUUUAUUUAUGUGGUAUGCUUCAUAGACAUGUUGUGUGUUGAUCUGCCACAGUGAGCUUUGACAGCACCAUCAACACCUAACCACAUUUAAAAGAAGUAUUUGUCUCUUUUGCGAUCCUCUUAGUUAUAUUUCACUAUCCGUCUAAUCAGCCUAAUCAAUGGAGGAAAAAACCUGAGCUAAUUAAAAUGCACAAAUAACCUUUAGGAAGGGUAGGUUGCAAAACAGUGUGUAAAAUAUUUUGCUGGGAAGGUGUCCUUUGUCUGUAUUUGCUGUAAGCAAGGGUGGAUAAGGCCUAUUUGAAGACUAAUAUCCUUUCCACAGUAUGCAUACCAUGCCCGUGAUGUUUCUAAGAAGGAAUAAGGAUGGAGGGAAGAGGAAAGAAAAGCAGAAUAAAAUAAAGGUUAAACCACUUUUUGAAGUUUGAUUUUA